AAAAAACUCUUUAGUCUAUUCCUUGCUUUUGGGAAAGUGUCGUGUGGCAUCAAUGUUGAUUUUUAGUGUAAAAUAAUUAAAAAAUAGCAUCAACUAUCAAUAAAACCGUGAUGUCAGAACAUGUGUUACCGGCCGAAGAGCCGAUAAGAUUCGUAGCGCCAGUAAUACAAGAUAAUCCAACAGGAUGGGGGCCUUGCGAAAUGCCGGAGCAAUUUCGGGACAUGCCUUACCAACCCUUUAGCAAAGGCGAUCGUUUAGGGAAAAUCAGUGAUUGGACCGUUGUACAGGACAAAAAAUACCAGAACAAAUACGCGUCCCAAUUCGGCGCUGGUUCGUCGUACGCGUACUUCCACGAUGAAGACGAGAGCACCUUCCACUUGGUGGACACGACGCGCGUGCAGAAGCCGCCGUACCAGCGCGGGCGCGCCCGUGGUCAGCGCGGCCGUGGCGCUCGCGGCGCUAGGACUCCUGGCGGCAUGACUACGCUGAACAAGCAACGUGACCGUAAACUAGGAAAGAGAUGGGGCCAGCGUGGUGCUCCCAUGAAGAUCCGAGAUGCUUCUGUGACUGUACGACCCACUUGGGUUACCAUUGAAGACAUGGACUUCCCACGUCUUGCGAAGUUGUCUUUGCCUGGCAUCAAGGAAGGGGAAGACAUUGUAUGCUGCGGCACCUUGGAAUACUAUGAUAAGGCUUAUGACCGUGUUAAUGUCAAGCAUGAGAAGCCACUGCAACGCAUUGAUCGUAUCUUCCAUACGGUGACAACUACUGACGACCCUGUCAUUCGAAGACUGAGUAAGACUACUGGCACCGUGUAUGCCACGGAUGCCAUCCUGGCCACUAUUAUGUGCUGCACUCGCUCCAACUACUCAUGGGACAUUGUCAUUGAGAAGAUUGGUGACAAGCUCUUCCUGGACAAGCGUGACAACACUGAGUUCGACUUGCUGACCGUGAACGAGACGUCUGUGGAGCCUCCGGCAGACGACGGCAAUUCCAUCAACUCUCCGCGCAACCUGGCGCUGGAAGCCACGUUCAUCAACCAUAACUUCAGCCAGCAGGUGCUGAAAUCUGGCACCGCAGAGCCCAAAUACAAAUUCCCGGAGUCCAACCCAUUCGUGUCGGAGGAGGAGGAGGGCGAGGUCGCCUCGGUGGGCUACCGCUACCGCAAGUGGAACCUCAAUAAUGGCGUGGUGCUAGUAGCGCGUUGCGAGCACGAUGCCGUGAUGCAAGGGCCUCAAGGCGAGACCCAGUUCCUGUCGAUCAAGGCGCUGAACGAAUGGGACUCAAAACUGGCCGUCGGCGUGGAGUGGCGCCAGAAACUCGACACGCAGCGCGGUGCAGUGCUGGCGAACGAGCUUAGGAACAACUCGUGCAAGCUGGCCAAGUGGACUGUGCAGGCCCUGCUAGCCGGCUCCGACCAGAUCAAGUUCGGCUACGUGUCCCGCGCGCAAGUGCGCGACAACUCGCGCCACGUGAUCCUGGGCACGCAGCAGUUCAAGCCGCACGAGUUCGCGGCGCAGAUCAACCUGUCCAUGGACAACGCCUGGGGCAUCCUGCGCUGCAUCAUCGACAUAUGCAUGAAGCAGAAGGACGGCAAAUACCUGAUCAUGAAGGACCCCAACAAGCCGCUGAUCCGUCUGUACGACAUCCCGGACAACACGUUCGAGUCGGACGCGUCCGAAGAGAGCGGGGACGAGCCCGCGGACACGCCCUUCGCGCCCCUCUACGCCUACGGGAACGCUAAGAGGAUUUAGACCCUACGCCCCGGUAACACGUACCAAUAUUGUAUCACGCGGUUACUACUGAAUUCGAACGAACGGAAACAUUCUAGAAUUUGAGCUUACGCCACGGGAAUACGUCUCAGUAUUGAGUAACACGAUUACUUCUGUUUUUUUUACGACAGCAACGUCUAAAGGAUUUAAAGCUUAAGCUCUGGUAACACGUGACAAUAUUUUAUAACACCUAUACAGCGCCGGGUGUAAUAUUUUCGUUAUAUUUCUAUGUAUUUUGUGUAGCGAGAAUUUUAAUACAGGUCGGUAUUUGGUAAAGUGUAGGCCUUUAAGUUUUCCAUAGUUGAAGAUAAUCAAUGUAUUGUAUAUUCAUAUUCAGCAGAAUACAAUUUUACUGUCACA